GAAAGCCUACGUGACAGUUACGAGGCCUUUCCCAAAGAUGCGAAGGGCAACCUGCCACCGCAUUCGGCCCUGCCAGCCUUGGCGCGGGCAUACUUUGCCAAGGAGCAUGGCUGGUUGAUCCGUGGCUUAGAGAGCCCAGGCGCUCCCAUCAUCGCGCCGGGGGAGAGCUAUCGCGAAGCAACGCAAGGCCAUGGAGCUGGAGAUCUCUAUGAGGUUCAUGCCCUGCAGGACAAGGCUCCGGAGCUGGCUGCCGCCUUGAAGGAAGCGGCCCUGAGUCCCGUGGCCAGCUCUCGAGGAAUGUCCUUGGCGGAUAUCUCCCAGACGGUGGCAGCGCUGGAACAGAUCUUGCUGGAAGAAUCAGUAGGCUUGCUCAGGGCUGCCUACGUUUUGAACGAGCUGGAAAGCGAUAUGGACCGAGUGCCUGCUCCCAUCACCGUGGAAGACGCGCACGAGGUUUUGCUCUCGUACUUGCUGCUCUUCCGUCAUGGCUUACCACAUGAUUUGGAGGAUGCCAAGAAGCAUCUUCAAAUGAAGCUGCGUGCUCGCAAAACUUCAGAGUGGAAGGGCAUGCAGAGUUUCGAAGCACAGGCCUUGAACAGCAGCGGCAAGCUUGCUUGGACAGAUCUCAAAGAGCGAGUUAUGCUCUUGGCAAAACUGUAUGGACGCUGGCAAAAUCGUGAAUGUGAGGAUAUGAAGUCUACCCUGGUGAAGAUGGGAGAUUCAGGUCGGGUGAAGUUGAAUGACUUCCACGGAUCACCGAAAUACCCCCAGUACCAGUUCACUGAGAAAGAAGAAUACCUGCAGCAGGCAGGAAUCUUGGAGGAAGAGAAUGGUGAGCAUCUUGCUGGCAGCUGGCAGUGGGGCAUCGUGGUGCCGGUAUCCAGGAAGUACGUGUUGAUUGCCAACUAUUUGCUGGGCGCGUCCAAUUGCAUCGCUUCCUCCGAAUACUUCGCUGUGUGCUGCUUGAACGAAUGCGAAACGCUGCUGAAUCACUUCGAGGCGUCGUUCCAAAUGCCGGGUGCGGCCCUGGAGCAGGUGCAACACUUGGCAUCUGAACUGAACGCCUCAGCGGUGUCAGAGCUGAGCAGUGCGGCUGAUGCCAGUGGUGUGGUGGUUUGGCACAGCCCCGCAUUCAGGCGCUGGCUGCACCGUGCCUUUCCACUGCAAUGCCCUCGGCCGACGGCCCUGGAGGAUGAAGCGGUGGAAGCGGAACUCACCGAAGCCAAGGAAUGGAUGGAAAUCGAUGAAGCCGCCCGACAGAAACUACAUCCACUGGUGCUUCAUCCAUCGGAGUGCACUCGUCUUCCCGAAUGGCAUGAAACGCCUGAAGAGUCAGCUGCAUUGGAGGUGAUGACUGGCUACCGAUUCCCAGUUCCAGUCCGUCUUCUCAUGGGUAUGGCCGAGUGGGCCAAGGAUGAGGGAGUUAUACUCUCUCCCAAGGUGAACUUCUUUGCCCCAUCCCUUCCUCCGAGCCAGGGCUUCUGCGCCCGAGCCAUAGAUGUCAUCAAGCCUGGGGAAUUGCUGUUGCACCUCCCGUUGGCUGGAUGCAUCAGGCCGUUGACAGUUCCUGGGGACAAAGAUGCAGACUUCAUCAUGGACGAGCAGCAGAAGCUGAUGCUGCAGCUGUUGCAGGAGGUCUGGGUGAAGGGCACAAGGUCAAGUUGGUGGCCAUACCUGCGAACUUUGCCGCGAUCCUUUCCGACUCUGCCAUUGUGGUACACCCCUGAGGAGAAGCGAUUUUUACGUGGCACCUCAGUGGAUGCCCUGCUGGAAGCUUCUCACAUCGCCAAUGACAAGGACCUGAGCGCUAUGCAGCAGUGGUGCCAGCAACAUACGGAGAUUUUUCCCAAGUCGCCAUCACUGGAACAGCUUCGCUGGGCCGCCUCGGUGGUUGCCAGCCGCGCCUUCGAUUCCAGCCUGAAGGCUGUCAUCCUGGCGCCCUUUGCGGAUGCCUUGAACCAUUCUGGAGUGCCGCACACGCGGAUGAGAGAUUGUGGUGAUCAUUUGGUUUUCCAUGCGGAACGUGAGAUCAUGCCCACGGAGGAAAUCAUGAACUGCUACGGCUUACAGGGCAACACCCAGUGGCUGAUGAACGGCGGCUUCUUGGAUCAGUCCCGAGACUGCGACGACCUACUGGUCACGCCUGCAGAUGUGGUCAGUGCUGUCUUGGAACAGCAAGGAAGGCAUGAAGGUGACGAUGAAGGUGAUGAAGUUGCAGAGGAUGAAGAUGAGGAAGAUGAGGAAGACAAGGAAGAUAAGGACACAUCCUUGUGCUCCAGACUAUCCUGGCUGCAGGACCAUGGCAUCGGCAGCACACCCUUCAGCCUAUCGUUGAUGGAGUUGUUGCCUGAUGACUUGGCGACCAUGAUCCUUGUGAUUUUCAUGAAUGACAGUGAGUACCUUUCAUACCAACAGCAACGUGCUGCAGGCCGUGACGCCUGUAUCGAUUUGGGUGGCACCGAAGGCGAGGAGCUUGGAGAGCGGCUCUUAGGACAUCUCUACGGUUCCUUGCUGCGCCUGGUGGCUUUGCUGCGGCAGCGCUACGAGACGUCUCUGGAAGAGGAUCUGACGAUGCUUCGGCAGCUACAAGGAACAGAGACCCAGGAACCUGAUGCCAAGCGGCGCAGGGAGACCUUGGAAGCAAAGGUGGUGAUUCCAGAUGGAAUACGUCCGGAGAACGCGCAGAACAUCCUGCAACUGCGAAUUGGUCAAAAGCGAGUGUUGCAGGCUUUGGAGAAAGAAGUGACGAAAUCCGUGGGAUCUUCUCACGCCAUGAGACGGCUGGAUUUUGGCUCAAGCGUGGUGUCUGAGAACAACUUCGGGUCCUUCCCGUUCUACAAAUCGCUUCAAGGCGAAACUCGACAGGUGUUGCGUCAAUGUCCUCCAAAGGUGGCCUUCUGCACGGCGGUGGGCUGCCAGGGUCGCAGGAGAGGAUGCAAAACACCGAGGGGGGCGGCCCCCUGGGACAACAUCUUCGGCGGUGAAGAAAUCAAGUUACCCUACAGCACCAAAGAGGUCAUGGAUUCGCUGAAAUCCAGCGUGGAAGUCUUGGUGAAGUCGGGUCUACCACGGGCGGAUGUGGAGCUUCCCGCAGGUUUACGACUGGGCUUGGAGAACGUCAUGGAUCCACUGAUUGUUCCAGAAGUCGAACCAUCAGCGGAGCAAAUUCUCCAGGCAGACAGGGAGCUGGCGCGCGCCUUCCUGGCGAUGUUCAAGAAGGCGCUGAAGAACCGCCUGAGCAUCGUCUUCCGCACCAACAAACAAGCUGCGCAAGCAAAGCAGCUGUGGGGCAAAGCCGUAGGAGAAGCGCGCGUGGUCUCCAUGGCGAAAGGUGGCACCAAGAAAGGUGCCUUUAGCUCCGGAGAAGGAGAGAUGGCUGCUUCGUUCAUCCAGUCGUUGAAGGACAUGGGCGACGCCUUUGUGGUCAUGGUCGCGCCACGGAAAGCACAGUUGGAGGCCAUCGCAAGAGCUGUGGAAGAGGUGGAUAGCAAGACGUGUUUCAUCCUGCUGAAUGCCAGAUUACGUGGUGGCCGGAAAGAUUCUCUACGUCAGGAGCUGGCGACUGCCUUCAGCCCGGCCUUCCAUGUGCGAUUGGUGGCGAAAGGCGAAGGGUUGGUCUUCCGGCAAUUGCAGGAGAUUGGGGCAGCAAACUUCAUGGGCAAGGGAUUGACAUUUAUUGAUUAUCGCACAUCUAUCUAUCUAUCGAUCUAUCGAUCGAUCUAUCUUUCUAUCUUAUCUUAUCUCAUCUUAUCUUAUCCUAUCUUAUCUUAUCUGAUCUUAUCUUAUCUUAUCUUAUCCACCUUAUCUAUAUCUAUCUUAUCUAUCUUAUCUAUCUUAUCUGUCUUAUCUAUCUUAUCUAUCUUAUCUGUCUUAUCUAUCUUAUCUUAUCUUAUCUUAUCCUAUCCUAUCUUAUCUUAUCUUAUCUAUCUUAUCUAUCUUAUCUAUCUUAUCUAUCUUAUCUAUCUUAUCUAUCGAUCUAUCUACCGAUCUAUCUAUCUAUCUAUCUCUCUCUCUCUCUCUCUUCCUCUCUCUCUCUAG